CCUGAAGCCUCGAGCUCAGUACUGCGGCGGAGGGCCGCUCGAGUGGACACUUGCAUUCACUAAUUAUCUUAUUAAAUAUUAAUAGUAUUAAUAAAAGUUGUAUUGAAAUAACUUGUAUUGUGAUUGAUAUUAGAGAAAGGGCAAGGAUUUAAAUUGGGGAUAUUUGGAGCGCCAUCUCCAAAAUGGUUGCAGUAUCAUCAGCAGCCAGGCUACUGGCUCUGAUCUGCCUGAGUACCAGGGCAGCAGCGGAGUCCUGGAGGUUCCCUGACCAGGCCGCCGCGGAGGCGAUCAAGAUCGACAGCAAAGUGCAAUUUGUGGAUGAAGAGAAACGCCCCGAUAGAUCACAGAACAGCUUCAACCCUUCCAAAGUCCAAUCGGACGAGCCGGAUCACUUCGCGGCGGCGGAUGACACCCAGGGCUUCUACAACCGGCCCGGGCAGGCCGGCCGCUACCCGGUGCAAUCCGGGCCAUCACAGGGAGACGACCAGGACACGUAUGGACUGGUGCUCACCAGGAUUAGGAAUAACAAUCUGAAUUCAGAAACGGGUAACCAAGACCGAGCCAAUAAGCUGAAUUCAAACGUGUUCAACGAUGAGAACCAGUUCCAAUCCCUCCUCCCAAACUACGAGUCAUUCGGUCCGUUCCCUCCGCCGCGCCAGGACUCCGCUCUGUUCACGCCUGGAGGCGACGAGGGGCUGCUUGAAGGGGGUGACAGGCGCGGGGUGCUGGUGGGGCCGGGGGGCGGGCCCAGCGCGCAGGCCGCGGCGCAGCGCCCCGCCGUGCUCGUCGGCCCUGGCGGACCCACUGGCAGGGUCGGCCCUGACUUCAACAACCGCAACCCCGGAGUACUAGUCGGCCCAGGCGGACCCACCGGCCGCGUUGGACCCAACUUCAACAAUAACCGCAACCCCGCAGUCCUGGUUGGCCCGGGUGGACCUACAGGUAGAAUUGGACCCGAUUUCUCCAACCGCAACCCUGCCGUUCUAGUCGGUCCCGGUGGACCAACGGGCCGUGUUGGACCAGACUUUAGCUCCAACCGCAACCCUGGAGUAUUGGUUGGCCCCGGUGGACCGACAGGAAGAGUCGGGCCUGACUUCAACAAUCGCAAUCCAGGGGUUUUAUCCGGCCCCGGUGGGCCUACCGGACGCAUCGGUCCAGACUACUCGCGGAAUCCCGGAUACCCGGGCAUCCUCGUCGGUCCCGGGGGCGCCGGCCGCGGGGCGUACGCGCCGACAUACUUCAACCCUCGGCAGAACCGCUACAGAGGAGGCUUGCUGGUUGGACCAGGGGGGGCUACCGGGACCAUCGGGCCAGGAAGAGGCCUACUGGUUGGCGCCGGUGGACCCACUGGCAGCAUUGGACCACAAUACUCCGACCACGGUUUGUAAUUGAACCGUUAGUAACCCUGUCGUAGUCCACCUCUGUUAGUUAGCUGUAGUAGCGAUAGAGACCGUGUGGUAGAGUAGAUAGUGAUUAACGUAGACGUGUGAGUUAUUAACCCAAGGUGUGAAUGGUUGCCUCCAUGAUGAGGGUCUGAUGGCUUGCAGGUUGCUCGUGGUCAGCGGAACGCUUCAAGAAUCCGAAAUGCUCUCUAGUACAGAAAUUGCUUUGCGUCAAGUCUCAAAUUCAGAAGCCAAUUGACAAUGCUAAGAACAAGGUACCGGGUAACUCGUUUUGCCCAAACAUUUACGUGUAGGAAGAUCAAAAUAUGUAGUUAGUAGGCAUAAGAAUAUUUUGAGUACUGGGCGGAACAUAAUGUAAACUCCGUGAAAUUAAAAGUUUUUGUGUAAGGUUGUCAGUAAGCCAGACAUGAACGAAAAAAAGUCCGUUCCAAAUACAUAUAUAUCCAAACAUUAUUAUUCUCGUCAAACAAUUUCCUCAUAAAUCAGUAGCCCUAGUGAAUAACGAGCAGUUGUUUGUAAAUUCUUCAUCACGAUAAAUCUUUCGUAUUAGUAAAAAUACAGUGGGAUAAAAAGUUAUAGAUCCUAGCGAGUUGGCCGCGAGCCAAUCACCGCCCACCCAGAACAUGUGGAUUGUGGAGUUACGACAUGCUUCGAUAUUGCCAUAGUUUAUACCUUUCAAUAAUACUGUAAAUUAGAAUUUAUUACUGUAAGUCAUUGCUGGAUAAGAUAUUGGGAUCAACUGCCCGAUGUAGUUACUUCAAUAACUAGAUUAUUGUUUUUGUAAAUAGUACUCAAACGAUUCGUCUCGAGUGAAUCUGAAAGAUUAUCUGUGAUUUUCAAUUAAGUUCAUAGAACUAUACCAUUUUAUAUUUACUAUAUUGUGCGAUGAGAGACUUGAGUCUCGUUGUGAUAAGUUAUUUUUAAUGUAACCUAGUAAGUUUCUAGUUAAGUCACCUGUUAAGAUAAACGUCUGGAUAAAAGCGAUAUUAAAACACUUACCAUAG